AUGAUGAACCCAUAUCUUACCGAAAAGCUUUCUGGAAGUAGCGUCCCUCAAGAACUCGAUGGCGUGCUAGAUGUGCCUCAAGGGCUUGCUAACUGUUGCAAGUUUAAUCGGUGGGGGACGUAUGUGGCUGUUGGCGGAAAUGAUGGCAGAGUCUAUAUCUGUGAUAUUGUGACUAAAGGUGUAGUUAAAAGUUGGACAUGUCAUCAAAGCCCUGUAAUAUCACUCAGUUGGUCGAGAAGCGGAAGGAAAUUAGCCACGGCAACGGCGGCAGCAAAUGAAUGGUCUGUCGCUACUUGGGAUGUUCUUAGGGGUGAAAAAAUUGACCGUUUUGCAUAUUCCUCCCCUAUUGUUUCAGCGAUGUUUAACCCACGUGAUGAGAAUCAGUUGUUAAUUGUUUAUCUCAGUGGUAAUCCAGCUAUUGAAGAAAUUCUGCCAAGACAGAAGAAAGAUAUAAGGAUGGUUGGUGUCUCGGAUGAACAGUUUGGAGAUAUUACAGUAGCAACUUUCGAUCGUCGUGGGAAGUAUGUUGUGGUUGGGACUAGUAAAGGGCGUAUUGCAUUCUUUGACUCUAAAACAGUACGCUUAGUAACUUACGUAAGACAAAACGCCACUCAUCAGAUAAGGAAUAUAAUUUUUUCACGAAGAUGUGAUUUUGUCAUUACCAAUUCGGCAGAUCGCAUAAUUCGAGCAUAUGACUUAAACGAUAUUCUUAAAAAACAAUUUGGUUUACAUAUAGAACCGGUCCAUAAAGUUUCCGACAUUGUUAACAAGACUGCAUGGAAAGCGAUUUGUGUUUCCUGCUGUGGGGACUACGUGUGCGGGGCCAGUGCUAAGUUAAACACUCUUUUUAUCUGGAAGUUAUCUCCUGGCGCUCUGAAACAGUUGGAAGGAACAAAGGGUGAAUUGUUACUAGAUGUUCAAUGGCACCCUUCUCGACCGAUUAUUAUAGCACUUUCUAAUGUCUCAGUUUCUGUAUGGACUCAGUGUCAUGUUGAAAACUGGAGUGCAUUUGCGCCUGAAUUUGUGGAGUUAGAGGAAAAUACGAAAUAUGUUGAAAAGGAAUCAGAAUUUGACUUUGAGGAUGAAGACGCGGAAACAUCACUUUCUCAAACUUCAAAAGGCUUGGACGAAGUCAUCGACGUUGUGACACCAUCGAAGAACCUGGUGUAUUACAGUUCAGACGAAGAAGAUGAUUGCGUUUACGAAUUCGAAGACGCUAAGAGAGCAAAUCGUCCUCUUUGGUUUAUACCAGUUUCUCCUGACAGUGAAGUUGUGGAUGAAAAUGCUCCUACCGGUUUUAAUAGUAUGUGCUUUUGCGAUUUUUAA